CGCUCUUCGCGAAGCAUUGCCAUUGGAGCAGAAGAAGCGGUGGCUUCACCUGUCAUGUAUCCCUGCCUGAGGCUUUGGGCAAUCCACUGUGUUUUCUUCGUAUCGCCAGAUCUCAUUGACCGCUAUAGCCUCAUAUCAGUGGAUCCACUGCACCGCCUCAUGAACGCUGACAUGUCUUCCGCAUGCAUUAUGACCGAACCUAACGACGCUUCGCUCAGCACAUGAGGCACCAUUCGGACAACUGCUAAACCAUCGCAUUGAGGCCUCUGUGCAGGGUUUCACAUGAAACUGGAGCCGCGGCUGAGAUGAGCAGGCAUUUGGUCGGUGGGCU